UUCGGGAAGUGAGUAGAGUGAAUCCGUAUGCGCGGGUAGUCAUAUCAGGAAUUUUGCCCAGAGUGGAUUCGAAGUAUUUAACUUAUAAUGAGAGAGACGAAUUGCGACCUCGACUGCGCUCUGUCAACAACAAGAGUUCUCAGUUUGAUGAAAAAAUGAUUGAUCUCUGUGAAGAGCUGGAUAAUGUAACCUUCUGCAUGUCAUCUCGUGACUGGAGUGGAUGCAUGGCUCUGGAUGGGCUGCAUUUGAAUGCAGCAGGAACACGGCAGUUAGCUACACUGUUUGUUCAAGUUUUGACGCAACUUUUAACUGAGAGUUCCAAAAGUACCAGUAAAAUAGAGCUUCGAAGUUCAUUGAAUUUUCCUCCUCUCUGUGAUGGCGGCAGCGAUAUUUUAACAUCUUCAGCCUCUCCUCUGUAUUCUGAAGUUGUUGCUGAAUCAGCUCUGUCGAGGAAACUGCCAUCACAGUUGAAUGUGAAAGCUCCUUCAGAAACUGAACAGCAACUUCAAACAAGGUAGCUUUUUUAUGCAAAUGCAUGAAGUACUACAGAAUCUAUAAAUUUUUGUUCAUGAACUCUUUGCUCUAAAUUGAUAUUUAUUAUACUUCAUUGCAUAUAAAUUAAUUUUUUUAACAGAG